AUGGAAAAGCUUGCCGCCUCCGCGGGGGAGACACAGGGCCCAGGGCCGCUCUCGUUUACUGUGGUCGGCAGGGUUGCAGCGUUGACGUCGGAUUUCUUCGAAGACGACGUUCCGAUUCUCCAGAAGAGCGAUGCUGAGAUCAUGUGCUACAAGGCAUCCAUUGCGGACGCUACUGGCCGUCUGCCUGUGAAGAUCUGGGAUAAGCCGUGCCAUGACAUCUUCGGCGUGACUGCGAACUGUCAGCAGCAGUGCGUUUAUAUAUUUAGCUUCGCGCCGCUUUGCGUCGCGCGGUGUUGGGCUCCCCUCUGCCUAUUAUUUCAGGUCUGCUGUGUCCCCUGUUAG